UGAAAGUUUAAGGGACGCUUUUGUCCCGAAACCAGAUUAAAACAAUACUCAUGUAAAGGCACUAGCAGGUCUUUGACUUCAAAUAUAACUAAUGUCCCACGAAUCACCAACGGUUGAAGUGUCACAUCCAGGUUUAACGUUAUAAUGGAUUCUGGAACACGUGGAAAAAUAAUUAUUUUUCCAUAUUUUCUUUGUUUUAUGUACGGUGGCCCAGCAACUUUAACAAAAUGCAAAAGCUGAUGAAGGAUAAAUGAUCUGAAUUUCUGAAACAGGGCUCUUAACAUUACAGUGAAUUAUUCAUCCAUUCACAAACUGAUGAUGAGCUACGUCGUAGCCACAGCGGCCCUGGGGCACUCUGACCCCUUCAUUCCAUCGCACGUGAAAGCGCUCAACCAGCGUGAGAACCAGGGGGGUCUUUACAGUAAGUGUACAAAAAUAUGUAUAGAUUAGUGAUGUGUCGGUCGCGAACGAACCGGCUCUAAGAGCCGGCUCUUUGAAGUGAACGACGGGAGCUGGCUCGUCAUUGGAAGCCGUCCCCUCCCCCCUCCCCCCUGCCUUGAUGAAAGCUACAGGCGAUUGGUCAACAUGUGUAACUGUGUGUCCAGACUGUCCACACACAGAGCAGUAGGGGCGGGGAAGAGGGAGGAUCAUGCCCAGACAGACACACAGCACACAUGUGGGAGGAGGGAGACGAGAGGGAAUGAGGAGGAGGAAAAAGGCGAUCGAGAGAGAGGAGAGUGCGAUGAAGACGGUGAGAAAAUGAGCGCCAGCAGUCGGAAAGUCGAGAUUUCUUAAAGUGUUCAGUUAUUAAAUCCAUAGAAAUGAUAAAUAUUUGAUAUAUUGCUUUUUUUACAUUAGUAAAUUAUUUAACAUAUAGUUUAGCACUAUUUUGGUUAUAAAUGUACUCUACGCAACAGAAAAUCUGAGGAGCCACUUGGGAGCGGAAAGAGUCGGCUCUUUUUGGUGAGCUGAGCCAAAAGAACCGGCUCUCUAAAAAGAGCCGGAAUUCCCAUCACUAGUACAGUAUAGAACUACAGCUUAGAGGCUUUUUCAUGCAAUGUCAGGAAUAAAGAACAGUCAAGUAUACAGGUGGCAGUAAUGGCCAAUCACACGUUAGCAAGUGUCAAUAGAUGAGUUUAUGGACUAAUGGGAAACGGGCUUCAACACAAGCGCUUGUUUUCCACUUGGUCCUAGUGCUCAACAGUGUCCAUUUAAUGUAUUGUUUUAGGAUGUUGGUGACAUCAUCUUUUUAGCCACAGCCAUGUGGUGAAGGACAAAAGAGUGUCUGGGCCUGCUGGGAUAAAUCUGAUCUAAUCCGUGAGAUUAUAUCUGGUCCCAGUCCAGCCCCUCAGUGUCAUGUUUUUUGUUGUAAUAUUUACAUCAUUUUAGAUUAUUCUAUCGUUCAAGUGCAUACAAAUGACUAACUUGAACUAUCAUGCCAAUUUUUGACAAAACCCCCGUUGUUAUUAUAAUACAAAUGCAAAUGAUGCGGUUGUAACCAUGCUUGUUUGUUUAUUAAUGUCCAGGCCUGAUGUGGCUGUGAAGGAAUGCUCUCCUGGCUCUGUUGAUGCGUCUCUAUGGUUACAGUCGGCGGAAGCAGCCUGUCUCAGAGAAGGAAACUGAGAAUUACUUGAAUUUUUUAAUCUAAAGUUAAUAAUUGCGGGCAAAAGAUGGCGACGGCUCCGUUUUCCGCCCCACACUCGGUGAAACUGUGGCAGCUGAACGGGACGGACUACCAGCCGCAGAGAGGCCUCGGAGUGCGGACAGAGACCCGGUUCAGCACCUGGACCCCUCUGAACCACCAGCAGAGCAACCUGCAGCUGUUUGAGGAGCGGGUGACUCUGGUGCAGCGCUGGUUUGACUUGUGGACCGACUCUCAGAGAAAACACCUACUGGACUCUCUGUUCUCACGCUGCUCCAAUUCUCAGCUCAAGUUCUGCAGGGAUCGGCUGGUCGAGACGGUCCCGGUGACCCGGGUGGACUUCACGGCUGUCCUGCCUCGGUUUUUAUCCCUCCACAUCAUGUCCUUCCUGUCCCCUAUGGACCUCUGCCGCACGGCUCAAGUCAGUUGGCACUGGAGGGUUGUGUCAGAGCAGGACUGCCUUUGGGCCGGCCGCUGCAUCAGGAGAGGCUGGUUCCUCCCCUACACUCCUGGGGGAAAGGAGUUCGGAGCCUGGAAAAACCACUACGUGUCCUGCGUCUCCACGCUGGACUGGCUGACUCCACGAGAGGCGUCGGAGCUGUACGGGACCCUAAACCGGCCGAGCCUGGGGGUGACAGAGGAGGAGGAGGAGAGGAGGAAGGAGAAGAGGAUCAGACAGAGGAUCAGAGACGUGCUACAGGAGGAGAAGCGAUCACUAAUGAGAAACAGGAGACCAUGGGGCAGCAACACAACGUCAGAAGGUGCCAGAGGUCCAGGGAGGUCAAAGGUCAGCCUCUGGUCUUCUCUCACCUGGCAGUCAAAGACAGACGAGUCCUCCAGCUUCAGUCCCAGUCCGGACGGAGGACAGGGCUCCCUUCAGAAGUCUGCUGGUACCAGUGAUGGAGCGUGGGAUCCCUCUGCUGCCCUCUUGCUGCUCGUCUCCAGCAGAAUCCCAGCUUAUGAGCUGGUUCUGAGCGGCGUGAAAGCCGGGGUGACCGUCGUUCUGUACGACCACAGAGGGACUCUGUCUGCACUGUUACUCCAGGUAGAGGGAGCGGUUUCUGGGCAGCCGGCCCAGAGAGUGGGCCUGUUGGCUCCAGGAGGAACGGAGGAGGUUUAUCUGCUUCAGGACUGUAGCCUAUCAGAGAGGACACUGCUGACCCCGGGUCACAGGGAUUUCUGGGAACGAUUGUGCACCUGGGUGCUACCAACUCGGGAAGGAGGAGGGAUGGACAUCUUCUGCCCACUGGCUGCAUCUGCAUCGGGAGCAGCGCUCCUCCAGAACCUCUCCACUCUGACGGGUCUGGAGGUCCGAGCUCCACUGGGUCUGGCCACUGGAAGUUUCCAGAACAUCCUCAGUGAGUGGUCCAGUGGCGCUGGACUGGAGGGUCAGCAGCGUGCGGCUCCGGCACUGCAGUAUGUGAGCGAUGGCAUUCUGCAGGCCUGGUGCAGACAGGCUGAGUGGAUGGAGCAGGUUCUGGAGGAGCUGAGGAGAACUCUGGAGUCACAGCUCCGCCAAACCAGCCUGCAGGCCAGAGGCCGAGCUCUGGGUCAUUUUCUGUGGGAGGAGAUCCGCUUGGAUAAGAUCUGUGUUUCUAAGGAGCUCAGUGAUGCCCUGACAGAAGGACUCACAGCUCUCACUGAACAGGAAGAGACCAGACCUGUGGAGUUUCUGUCCAACUUCCUGUUGACGUGGAGGAACGAGGAGACGCACAGAACCAACACUGGAGAGGAUCCAUCUCCAGCUGUCAGAUGUGUAAACACAUCCGAUUACUCACAGAUCGUUUUGGACCGGAGACAUUCAGUCGUACAAGAGCUCCACCACAGCGAGUGCCUUUAUGUGAGGAGGCUGAGCUCCAUUCUCAAGGUGUACCAGGAGCCUCUGUCUGCUGCUCUGAACUCCAACAGAGCCAUCCUCAGCUACACAGACAUCCAAAUCAUCUUCAGCCCUGUGACGGGAUUAGUACAGCUGAACAGAGUGUUUCAGGCAGAUUUACAGGUCAGGCUGCAGCAGUGGGGGGUGGAGCAGUGUGUUGGAGAUGUAUUUGUGAAGCUUUGCUCCAACCUGAGCAUCUACACCAACUACCUGAACAACUACAGCACCGCCCUCCGUACCAUCGACAAGUGUCGCGAGGCCAAACCGGCGUUCCGGGCGUUCCUGAAGAGGAUGGACAGAACUCUCUCGUCCCACAUGCUGAGCCUCCAGGAGCUGCUGCUGUGUCCAGCGUGGAGGAUUCAGGAGUACGUGACUCUCCUCCAGGCUCUGUGUGUGAACACACAGCCCCAUCACCCCGACCACGCCCACCUCAGCUCUGCCCUCAACACCAUGCAGGAGCUCAGGCUGUUCAUACAGAAGCUGAAACGAAACUUGGAGGCAGACCGGGUGCUGGAGGAAAUGCAGCAAAUGGUUCUGGGCUGUCCGAGCCUCAGAGAAGGAAGCAGGAGGCUGGUCAUAACUCAGGAGGCGACGCUGCUCAGGUGCCCAGAUGGACAGAUUCCAGACUCGCUGAAGAUCUAUGAGCAGGUGGGAGACGUGGGCCUCUUCCUGUUCAACGACGCCUUAAUGCUGACCAGGAGAAAAGUGCACCACACACCCUUCACAGUGUCCCACAGGAGCACACACACAUUCCUGGCUUCUGUCGCCCUCACCAGCCUGUCCAUCAGAGAGAUUACACACACACGCUAUGUCCACCAUGCAUUCAUCCUGGAGAGUCCUUCACGCUCCUGGGUCUGCGCCACAGAGCGAGGUGGAGAAAGAGAGUGCUUCCUGUCUGCGCUCCGUCUGGCUGUAAAGUCUGCCCUGAGAGGACAUCAGUGAAGGUUGACACAGACAAGCGUCGGACUUUAGUCACAGAUGCAAAUGAAAGGAUCCUCUGAAUCUGAGGUCAUAUCUAAACCCAGACAGAGAGGGACAAAGAGCAGGUUUGUGAGGGAGCUCUGACUGAAACUUGAAAAUAAACACAUUCAGGAAUCUGUUCCUCCAGG